AUGGAUCACAAUGUCUCUCUCUCUCCAAUUAAACAAGAAGGUUUCUUUGCGGUGGAGACACAGGCAAGUGACUCCCAAAGUGUCUUAAGCCAAGUUCCCCCACACAAUGUUCCAAAUUUUUUCUUGCACCUGCUUCGGCAAAAGACAUUGCACGCACAGCAGUCCGGAGUGUGGAAUAAUGUGACGACUGAUGAACUUUUGGUUUUGAAGUUUUUCAGACCAACUAGUAUCGAACUCCUCAUAGUGUGCUUGCUAAAUUUCAAGUGUUGUGGUGAUCCUCUGUGUCCAUUUUGGCCUUCUGCCGUCAAGUCCUUCUGUGCGGAUCACGCUUUGGAAACUGAUUUCAUCCCGGCCAAGCCACGGAAAUUGCCCAAAUGGAUGCAGGAUUGUGUCUCCACGCCCUCCCUUCCACCCCCACACCGUUUAGAACGAUGA